CGUUUGAUGCCGGCACCAUUCAAUAAACCUCGACCCCCGCGACUGGAAUGGAACGAGUGACGUCGUCUAUGAGUCGCUCAAUCAACGCGGCGAGAUAACACGACCUUCAGUGAGGCUCGCUGAAGUUGCAGCAAGUGUCCAGCAGAUGGCGGUGCACGAGGACGACCUCCACAGCAAACGACGAAGAAGAACUGCCGCAUGCGUGUGUGUGUGUGUUGACAGUUUUCCAUUUGUUUCAAACAUCACUUUUAUUUAUUGAAGAUGUCCGGGAAGCUGCGGGAAGAACUGGAGAAACGUUUGGAGGCUUUAAACAUCCAUACGAGUUGCGUGGAUCAUCCACCGGUGUUCACAGUGGAGCAGAUGAUGCCUCACCUUGAGGGCGUGGACGGCGUGGUGACAAAGAACCUUUUCCUCAAAGACAAGAAGAAGAAAAGUUUAUGGUUGGUGUCUGCACGCCACGACCGCCAGGUCAACCUCAAUGACCUUGCCAAGAAGCUGGGCGUGGGCAGCGGAAACCUGCGCUUUGCAGACGAGGCCGUCAUGUUGGAGAAGCUGAAGGUGGGUCAGGGCUGUGCCACGGCUCUGGCUGUGCUCUUCGACAAGGACCAGAGCGUCAAGUUGGUUCUGGACCGGGACCUGCUAGAAGGAGGACACCACAUGGUCUACUUCCACCCCAUGACCAACGGCGCCACCAUGGGGCUGCGGCCGGACGACCUGCUGCGCUUCCUCAAGGAGACCGGCCACGAGCCCGUCCUGGAAAACUUUGAGUAGCGGAAAGAGGCAGGCCCAGGACCCAUUCCGGUUCGGGUUCUGGAUGCAAGACGAGAGCAGUAUAAGGAAGACAUCUAGUCUUCAGUGAGACGUUCAAGGAAGCUGUGUAAAAAUGAGAAACAUUUUGGACCUUCCAUGCAAUUCAAAAUCAAACUUUGACCUCCUAAAACAUGUCAUCAUUGCCACCAUGUUUUCUUUCACGCACGUUUUAGCUAACAUCUGUCAUGAUUUUAUGAAUGAAUACAGGAUAAAUGUCUCGGAAUAGUCGUGCAAUAAAAUGUACCACUGUUUACUUGAUGGAAGAACAAAAACCAGUCAGUCUUUUUCCAGCCUGGGAACCUUCCUGCACUGCACCCCCACCAUGCAGAAUCCCUAAUGACUGGCUAUUGUUGUAUUGUUGAUCAAAUUAGCAAAUGAAUAACGACGCUCCUUUUCCCAGGCAUUCUU